AAUCAUAUCCACGUGCUCUGUUCUCACUUCUUUUGGUACUUCUAUUUUGGCACCUUCUGCAAAUCUUAUCCACCGAUUCCUCUGUUUUUCUUUAUUUGAUUCAACAAACAAACAACAAUUCUACACACAUUAAUGGAAAACAAGAAUCAAUCCACUUCCUUCUCGCCGCCGCCGCCGCCCCACCGCUCAUCCUCGUCUUCAUCAUUCACUGCUGAACUUUUCGGUGAUAACAACUCACAGCCGUCGUCCACCGGAGUUUUCGCUUCAAUUUUCCCUCCUCCGUCGAUGGUAUUGGCAAGGAACCCUAAUUGUUCACAGUUCACUGGAGCUACACAAAAAGAGACAUCGGAGAGCCAGGUUUGGACUACCACCCAUGUAACUUCAGCGGAGAAUGUAGCUAAGAAUACGGCGAGUGCAAAUAGUAGCAUAAUGAACAUGGAGAGGAGAUCGAUCUUUCAGGAGAGAGUCGAACCUUCUCCCCUAAGUUCAUCGUUGUACUACGGUGGGCAAGAAGAUAUGUAUGUCUGUUCUUCAAGCGAUCCCACGUCACAAUCGUAUCCUAAAUUCAAGAAAAUGGAAGGAAAGGAUGAUCCCAAUCAUUUGCACAGUGCUUCUCGAGGAAAUUGGUGGCAAGGGUCGCUUUAUUAUUAAGACUAUGCCCCUUUCUAGGCAACAAUAUGGAUUCUCCGGCUAUUAACUAAGGAAAUCCAUGAAGCCUUGAUAGAAGUUUAAAGUUUUUGUUGAUAUAUAUGGAAAAUGUUGCAGUAUGUUCAUCGUCUCACCUUUUUUCUCUUUGUUUGUUCUCCUUUUGAUGCGAAUUGACAUUUUUGUGGCUUUUGGUGUAUGAUAUUCAAGGUUUUUAUAUAAAUAAAAGCUUUGAUGCUAUGCAUCUUAGCAAAAAGGGUACAGUUCCUGAGCAA